GCUUUGGUAGUAUGUAAAAAAAAAAGUAAAUUUCUGAAUUAAUCAAAUGCAAUCUUCGGACAUGAUUUACUUUUGUCUUUUCCGGCGAAUCACUGGAAGUGAGACAUAAAAUAAAUAUCAUGGACUUCGUUGCAAACAUCAAAACUCUAGGGGAGAAUCAUAAAUUUUAAAAACUUCAUCAUCCUUAUACUGUGUUGAGAAACUUCGGCGUCAUUUUUGCAAUUCGGUCCUUAAAUUCCGAAUAUCUCUUAAAAUAUGUAUCAUAGUUUCUUUUGUACAUAAAUUUCCGGGAAAAACCUCUAAUGAGAAUGAGAAGCAGCGACGAGAUGCCAGUGGUUCUAAUCACGGGAUGCUCUCGUGGAGGAAUUGGCUACGCGUUGGCUCGUGAAUUCUCAGCGAAUGGUUGUCGAGUGGUGGCCACGAGUCGAUCGCAGAGCACGAUGUCCGAUUUGGAGAAAGAUCCCAAGUUUUUAGUACAAGAGCUCGAUGUUCUGUCGGAACAGAGCGUGAGUAAAGCUGUGUCGGAAAUUAUCAACAAGUUUGGUCAGAUCGAUGUUCUUGUCAAUAACGCCGGAGUUCAAUGCAUCGGACCACUUGCAGAGAUUCCAAUUCAAGCUAUGGAAAACACUUUCAACACCAAUGUGUUCGGUUCGAUUAGGAUGACUCAAGCUGUUGUGCCGCACAUGGCGUCUAAGAGAAAGGGGAAGAUUGUGAACAUAGGAAGUAUCAGUAUAAUGGCACCUGGACCAUGGGCUGGUGUUUAUACUGCAUCUAAAGCUGCUCUUCAUGCUCUUACCGAUACAUUAAGGUUGGAGCUUAGGCCACUUGGGAUUGACGUAAUCAACAUUGUCCCAGGUGGUAUUCAAUCAAACAUAGCCGACUCAGCGAUAGCGAGCUUCAACAACUUACCUGAGCUGAAACUAUACAAACCUUUUCAGGAAUCUAUCCGUGAAAGGGCGUUUUUGUCUCGAAACAUAAAGCCAACACCUGCGGAAACAUUUGCUAAAGAGACUGUAUCGGUGGUGCUGAAGAAAAAUCCACCGGCCUGGUUCUCUACAGGACGGUUGUCCACCGUCAUGGCAAUCAUGCACCAUAUGCCCAUUUUCUUCAAAGAUUUUCUCCUCACGAGGAGCUUUAUGAAAAAAGGAGAAAAGGUUGAGUAGUAGAGUUCUUGGUUUAAAAGAAACUGUUUGAAUGUAUAAAACAAGUAAAAAUGUUAAUAUUCUUAUAGAAACAUAAGCUAAAUCCAAGCCACAUGAAUAGCAGUAAUCGGCCCAUAGCCCAUCAUAGGCCUGAUUAAGCCCAUGUACGGUUAUCACAAAUUAGUUGAGUUCGUCUUGGGCCUUAAUCUGAUCAAAUGCUUAUUCAGUGCCCAAAGCUGAAUAGUUUAAAGAUAAUAUAGUAGAAGCAAACAAAGAUAAAUGGAGGAUGUGAUGGAAGUAUUAUUGCAUCAUGUGGAUUUGUCCCCAUUGCAUCAUUAUCAUCAUCACUCCAUCAAAUAUCGAAGAAGAGUCAUCCCCAACAAGUUCUGAGUUCACACACAGACACGCACAA